UGCCCCAUGACCGAUCUGAUGGCUCAACCCAGAGGCUGCCUUCUGUGACCUUAACCAUAGACUUUGAGCCUUGUUGCUAACCUGUCCCGUCUCUUUUUUCCACAGGGUUGUGAAGGAAGAAAUCUCAGAUGAUAAUGCCAAGCUUCCCUGUUUCAAUGGCCGGGUGGUAUCCUGGCUGGUGUCUGCGGAGGGGUCGCACUCAGAUGGGGGGUCUGUCUGUGCCGAUAACCAGCCGGAGCUGCCGCCCUCCAUGGAGCGUACCGGGGGCAUUGGGGACUCCAGGCCUCCCUCCUUCCACCCCAAAACCGGGGGGAGUCGGGAGAACCUGGAUAACGAGACAGAGACAGAUUCAGUGGUUUCAUCGCAGAGGGAGAGACCUCGCCGGAAAGAUGGGCCUGAGCAUGCACCCAGAGUGAAUGGGACGGGAAAAGGAGAGCGGCGCCGAGACCUAGGCGGGUACGAGAGCUCUUCCACUCUCAUGAGCAGCGAAUUGGAGACCACCAGCUUCUUCGACUCGGAUGAGGAUGACUCCACCAGCAGGUUAAGCAGCUCGACAGAGCAGAGCAGCGCCUCCCGCCUGAUGAGAAGGCACAAGCGACGCCGGCGGAAACAAAAGGCCCCACGCAUUGAGCGGUCGUCGUCCUUCAGCAGUAUCACGGACUCAACUAUGUCUCUGAACAUCAUCACGGUCACUCUGAACAUGGAGAAGUACAACUUCUUGGGCAUCUCCAUCGUGGGACAGAGCAAUGAGCGUGGGGACGGUGGCAUCUAUAUUGGCUCCAUCAUGAAGGGGGGCGCAGUAGCGGCUGAUGGCAGGAUCGAGCCGGGAGACAUGCUCUUGCAGGUGAACGAUAUCAACUUUGAGAACAUGAGCAAUGAUGAUGCUGUGCGCGUGCUGAGGGAGAUCGUGCACAAGCCAGGGCCAAUCACUCUGACUGUGGCCAAGUGCUGGGACCCCAGCCCCAGGGGCUGCUUCUCGUUACCCCGGAGUAAGUGGAUUCCUGACUCACCCUUAACACUGGUGCCCAGCCCAUUUGCUCCCCAGCGGAUCUGGGCUGGGCCAGACUCUCCAUGCUCCGAUCCGGGUGAGCCCAUCCGACCAAUCGACCCGGCAGCCUGGGUUUCCCACACGGCAGCGAUGACUGGCACCUACCCGGCGUACGGUAUGAGUCCAUCCAUGAGCACAAUCACUUCCACCAGCUCCUCCAUCACCAGCUCCAUCCCAGAGACCGAGCGCCUCGAUGACUUUCACCUGUCCAUCCACAGCGACAUGGCCACCAUCGUCAAAGCCAUGGCCUCCCCUGAGUCAGGUCUGGAGGUGCGUGACCGCAUGUGGCUGAAGAUCACCAUCCCCAAUGCCUUCAUCGGUUCAGACGUGGUGGAUUGGCUCUAUCAUCACGUGGAAGGUUUUACAGAUCGGCGAGAGUCCCGCAAGUAUGCCAGCAACCUGCUGAAGGCCGGCUACAUCCGACACACUGUGAACAAGAUCACCUUCUCAGAGCAGUGCUACUACAUCUUCGGAGACCUCUGCGGCAACAUGGCUAACCUGUCCCUGCAUGACCAUGAUGGAUCCAGUGGCGCCUCAGAUCAGGAUACGUUGGCUCCACUCCCACACCCAGGAGCUGCACCGUGGCCCAUGGCUUUCCCAUAUCAAUACCCACCACCUCAUCCAUACAACCCCCACCCAGGAUUCCCUGACCCAGGCUACAGCUAUGGUGGGGGCAGUGCAGGCAGCCAGCACAGUGAAGGGAGUCGCAGCAGCGGUUCAAACCGCAGUGGCAGUGAGAGGAGAAAGGAGAGAGACUCGAAGGCUGGGGAGUCCAAGUCGGGCGGCAGUGGCAGUGAGUCGGACCACACCACCCGGAGCAGUAUGCGGCGGGAGCGGGCGGCCAGUGAGCGCUCAGUACCAGCCAGCCAGCACAGCCAGCGCAGCCAGCACUCCCUAGCUCACAGCAUCCGCAGCCACCACAGCCAGCAGUCGUAUGGGCCACCUGGCCUGCCACCCCUCUACAGCCCGCCCAUGCUGCUGAUGCCUCCGCCGCCUUCUGCUAUGGGGCCCCCAGGAGCCCCGCCGGGCCGUGACCUGGCCUCUGUGCCCCCUGAACUGACGGCCAGUAGACAGUCAUUCCGAAUGGCCAUGGGCAAUCCCACAAAGAAUUACGGGGUGUUUGACUUCCUCUGAGCUUGCCGCCCACAGGGGUGAGAGCUGGAGCAUGGCCUGGCAGCUUGGCCCAACAGAGGAGGACACGAAGCCCCAAGGGCGCUGGGCACGUAUGGUGCUGAAGAUGGCUUCUUUCCCACUAGCUGACGACGCCCCCCGUUCCCGCCACAACCCUGAGAGGGGAGCAGGGCCAGCUCCAACCUUGUGUGUGUUCAGAUCAAUAAAUGUAGCCAUCUCCUGGCCAAUGGCAUGAAUGUUCCAUGGCUUCAGUGCCUCUGGGGAGUGGAGAAGGUGAGGCCCCAGCUGGGAGGGUACCACGCCUUGUUCCCACACUCCACCACAACAUGGUCAGGCUUGGGCCAGGGUCUGUUACUCUCUGUAUAGUAUUAAACACAGUGCACCCCUGUGGCAAGGCCCCAGUUGGGUUUGGAGACAGUACACGAGGUUCUGUUCUUGACUGAGUGCUGUUGGAUCAUUAACUCCCAUAGGAGGUGCAGGCCAGCAUCAGCAGCCUGAAGUUGCUGAAAUACCUACCAUCCAUUACUCAAGGCUCUGCUUGUGCCCAUGAGCUGAGUGGUGUGGAUUUGGCUGAAUGUGAGGGUUUCAUUUACACCCUCUGCAAGUGUGGGUGUCUAGCUCUGAUAAUGUGCCUUUAGUCUAGGCAGCCCCUCCUUGACUCUCCCACCCCCUGGAUGACCAUGGCCCUGACUACCCAUUCCAUGGCCACAGAGCAUGCUCCAUCCAGGCCUGCUGUGUGUAGCUGGGGGGCAUCAGCUACCGGCUGUACUCUCCUACACUGGUGCUUAGCAGUAGGCUCAAGGUGCAGAAGCUAUUACGUCUAAGCAGAGCAAGAGGAGGGGGUAAGAAGCUGAGAAAGGGGCAGCUGUGGUGUUUCCAGAGUGGGGUGAGCACAGUAGCAAGUUCCUCUGCGUUUGCUGCCUCCGGAGCAACGGUCUGCCUCCCGCCGUUGUUCUAGAGAGGUAAGGGGCUUCCUAUCCUCAUCCUCUCCAUGGAUGAGGGAGGCGUGGGGAUGGACCAGGCUCCAAAGAGACUGGAGAGUGACAGCCUUGGCCCUGCUGUGACAGUCCCUACUUAGAGGCCGCCCCUUUCUGUGACGUAGCACUGCAGCCCCUGCCUGUGGCAUGUGUGCAGGGCCUGGACCCUCUCCCUGUGGAGAACAGCAGUGAGUUAAGCUGUUAGA